GUUGCAGGUUGCCUUCCAAGACCCAAAGAAAGGUAGCUGCCUCUGGUUUCGCCGCUUCGCUAGUGUUCGUGUGUGCCCGAGAGUGACCGAGUGGACGGACGCUACCUACUCGUCGUCUCCGAUGCCUCUCCUCCCGCUUCAAGCCCUUCCAUCUGUCGGCGUCGUCAGACCACUGAACAGUGAACUCCCACCGACGUGGAUGUGACGACGAUGUCCAUCGCGUGCUGCCUGCCGGUGGUGGAGUGCGUGUACUGCCUGGCAUGCACGCGGUGGGUGUGGCAGCGCUGCCUCCACACCACCGGCUACGACAGCGAGACCUGGGGCCUGGCCUCGUCCGGGGAGUUCGAGCCGGUGCCGCGGCUAUGCCGGUUCAUCCUCGCCGUCUACGAGGACGACCUCGAGACCCCGCAGUGGGCGCCGCCGGGGGGCUACGGCAUCGAUCCCCGGUGGGUGCUGCGCCGGCGGACGCCCGAGCACACGCAGGGGCGCGCCCCGACGUACCUGCUGUACCUCGACCACCGGCACGCGGACGUGGUGCUCGCCGUGCGCGGCAUGGACAUGGCCAAGGAGAGCGACUACGCCGUGCUGCUGGACAACAGGAUCGGGCAGGCGGGCUUCGACGGCGGCUACGUGCACAACGGCCUGCUCAAGGCCGCCGAGUGGGUGUUCGACGCCGAGUGCGACGUGCUCAGGGACCUCCUGGCCAGGAACCCCGGCUACACGCUCACGUUCGCCGGGCAUUCCCUCGGCUCCGGCGUCGCGGCCAUGCUGGCUCUGCUGGCGGUGCGCGACAGGGAGCGGCUGGGUGGCGUGGAGAGGAGGAGGAUACGGUGCUUCGCCAUGGCGCCCCCCAGGUGCACGUCGCUCAAUCUGGCAGUCCGUUAUGCCGACGUCAUUAACGCGGUCAUUCUUCAGGAUGAUUUUCUUCCUCGCACCGACAUUCCGUUGGAAGACAUUAUCAAGUCACUUUUCUGCUUGCCAUGCCUUCUGUGCGGGAAUUGCCUCAUAGCUACAUGUAUACCUGAAAGUGUCAUGUUGAGGGAUCCAAGGCGUCUGUACGCACCAGGCCGGCUUUACCACAUCGUUGAAAGGAAACCUUUCAGAUGUGGAAGAUAUCCCCCUGCCGUUAGAACAGCAGUUCCAGUGGAUGGCAGAUUCGAGCACAUUGUUCUUUCUUGCAACGCAAUUUCUGACCAUGCCAUUAUCUGGAUAGAGAGGGAAGCCCAAAGAGCAGUGGAUUUGAUGCUGGAGCAUGAGAGGACCAUGAAAGCUCCUGAAAAUCAAAGGAUGGAUGGUGAAACCACGGCGACAAGGGAUCACAAUGAGGAGCAGCAGGCGGCCCUGAGGCGUGCUAUUGCGCUAGGAAUCUCAGAUGUUAACCUGCCGUCAACAUACGGAACAUUCGAUGAAAAUACAACUCAUGAGGUGAGCGAGGCUUCGCCAGUGGUCUGGAGUGAGUGGAUCGCGAGGAUAUUUGAGAAGGAUGAGUCUGGGCAAAUGGUUCCACGGAGAUGAUGGUGCAUUUCAGUAGAUGGAAUUAUGCGUCAAAGGUAGUGGAAAGUUAAGUUUCAGACAUACGAUUCUUGGUGCGCAGUCCAUGCUGUCACGUGUUCGAGCAUGUUUUGGAAACCUUGAAAUGGUGUUGGAAGAAAUAGGAAUCGUUGAUGUAGGCCAAAGCAUACAUAGGUGAGAUGUACUGAUGAGUAACUCCAGACUCUACUGUACAUUGGAUGUAAAGAAAGCAGGAUUUGUUUAGGAGAAGAUAGCCGGGAUCCUCUCCAGGUUUACGCGUGGCUGGCUAGAACGCCGCCGAGGACAUUUGCUGGGCAGAAUAUCAUAAGGAAUUAAAGGAAACCAACAUUCGGUGAAAA